CAAAAAUGAUAAUUUGUCUCAUAGGGCUUUAACAAGGUGUGACAUCCUCUGCCCUGAACCCUAAACGAGAGUGAGGAAAAACUACUAGUUUAUAAUAAAUGAUUACAUUCCCUGCAGUGUACUGUGCUGACUCUAGUCCGGGGCCUCGUUACCAUGUUGAUGCAAAAAUCACCCGCUUUGGUAAAGAUGGCACGCCCUCGUACUCCAUGUUGGGCAGAACGAAAGAACAGAGUAAGUUUCUACCCCCAUCAGAGGAGCUCUUGAGAACACCAGGACCGGGGGCCUACAGUCCUGAGAAAGCCGCGCCAUGCAACGUCCAGCGCAGACCACCGUCCUACACAAUGGGCUCUCGCACACUCUACCGCAGCGUCGACUCAGUACCUGCUCCUAACAAGUAUUGCCUCCCUCCACUCAUGGGCCCUCAAGUCCCAAACAAGCCUGCCAGUGCAAGCUACACACUGUUGGGUACUUACAGCACAGGAGGACCAUCUGUGGAUUUAGCCAAGACGCCCGGGCCUUGCAGGUACAACAGCACGGACCCAGGUGUGUAUUUACACCGACAGCCUGCGUAUUCCAUGCUGGGACGACACAGUUUACCCAGAGACGCCACCAAGAAGCCGGGUCCUGGAACUUACAACCCGGAGAAAGUGACUGUUCACAAGGCCCGGGCGCCGGCCUUCUCUCUGGGCAUCAGACACUCAGAAUUUGUCACCCCACUGGUUGUCCACAUUUCUGACUGA